CUCUGCUUCCGGCGUGACACUGCGAGAACACCCGCGCGCUAGUGUCUCGGCUGCACGGAGCGGCGGGGGCGCCCUGAGGCUGCGGUCGAGGGGAGGGUGCAUCAGGAGGAGGGCGGUGCCUGCGCCGCUGGAAAGGGAGAAGAACGCUGGCUGCUGGAGGGGAGGGGCCAGUGCGAUGGGGCCAGCUGCCCUUCCGCUUGUAGCAUGAAGCACCGCACGCUCACCUGCACCCCGGCCCUCUGGGCCUCUAUCCUGUGUCCACGCGCGGAGCUGCGCUUGGACCUGGUGUUAGCUUCUGGACAGUCCUUCCGGUGGAGGGAGCAGAGCCCUGCACACUGGAGUGGCGUGCUGGCGGGCCAGGUGUGGACACUGACACAGACCGAGGAGCAGCUGCACUGCACUGUGUAUCGGGGGGACAAGGGCUGGCUCGGCAAGCCCACGCUGGAGGAGCUGGAGGCCGUGCGCAAGUACUUCCAGCUGGAUAUCAACUUGGCCCAGCUAUACAGCCACUGGGGUGCCGUGGACCCCCACUUCCAGGAGGUGGCUCGGAAAUUCCAAGGGGUGCGACUUCUGCGCCAGGACCCCACUGAAUGCCUUUUCUCCUUCAUCUGUUCCACCAACAACAACAUUGCCCGCAUCACUGGCAUGGUCGAGCGGCUCUGCCAGGCGCUCGGCCCUCGGCUUGUCCAGCUUGAUGGUGUCACCUAUCAUGGCUUUCCCAGCCUGCAGACCCUGGCUGGUGGCUGACUGCAUCUGCCUAAUGGCUCUAGACAAGCCAGAGGCUGUGCCUGUGGACACCCACAUGUGGCAGAUUGCCCAGCGUGACUACAACU